CAGCUGCCUUGUAGUUGCUGUGUGAUGAUCAACUUAUUUGUUUAUUUUCUCUGUUUUCCUCAGGCUCUCUCAUCUCACCGGGCCUUCCUCCUGACCGCACGCAUCCCUAGCAAGGUUGAACACAACUUUAAUUAUCUGGAGAUACAAGGGAUCACCUGUAACAAGCCCACACAGCUGACGGUGGACUAUGAGAGAGGUGUUGUGUCUCUGAAGCUGACCUCUACAGAAGAGGUGAAUGAGGUGGUGGCUCACAUUGGGAUCUGUCUACAGAGGAUAUGUCCUGGUCUAUCACCACUGAAGCUGAUGAAGAAGCUGAGUAUGGAGCCUCCGGAGAGGAUCACCAGCCUACAGACUCUAUGGGACAACCACAAAGUAGCAGAACCAGGACCGUGUGGUGGUUUCUCUCAGACGUACAGAUGUGUGUGUGACUGGCUGGGUCUGCCCUACAGAGAGGAAGUUCAAUGGGACGUAGACACCAUAUAUCUGACUCAAGACACACGGGAUCUCAGCCUGCAGGACUUCAGUCAUCUGGAGAAUAGGGAUCUAGUGGCUAUAAUAGCAGUGUUGGAGUACAACCAAUGGUUCACAAAGCUCUCCACAAAGGAUUGUAAACUG